AUGACAAGCGCCGUCAAGAGUCAAAAGACAAAGACUCUGAAACAACCCAUCAGAAGAAGUGCUCGGCUGAUGGAGAAAGAUGCCCUCCAAAGGCAGACGAAGACCCAGCAGAUUCCAGCACAAGCAGGCUCUACCAGCCAGAAACAAGCGGGUGAGUCAGAGGGUAUCUCGGAGAAAAAUCUCUCAAGAGCGAAAAGAUUAGAUGCGACAAGUGCCCUGGAACAUUGGGUCCAAGAGCACACGUGGCCGGAGGGAUUCGGCUUCUCAGUCUGCACUAGGAGCAUGUCUGGCUAUCGUUCUACCUACCCCGGUAGCGAUCUCAAAUCACCUGGUCGCACUGAAUCGGCGUACCGGAACGCACGCUAUGAACUGCACCUCGAACAGGAGCGAGUCUACAUGACACUGGACGCAUGCGGCAUCAACGACAGGAGCAAGGAGUGGUGUCGACGACUGGCGACGACGCAGCAUGAAGUGCCGCCGCGCACACUGUUCCGAGACGACUUGUUUGCGUCGACGAUUGAGAGAACCAGCGGCAACGAAAUCUCCCUUCUUAGGCUGAUUGGAGACUUGAUUGUCCCCUCAGCCGUCUCGGAAUCCGCCUUCAGAGGCUUCGAAUUUACUCGAUUUGCCGAAGCCUUUCAGGAGACAUGGGUGGAUUGCAAGCCUCUCCAAUAUCCACCCCCGCCACGCCCGGACUAUGCGCUGGGAUUUCCACCCUCUGCCUUCUCGGAGCACCAUCGGCAGAGGCUCGCCCCUCUUCUGGGCGGCGUUGAGGACCCAUCGGAGCUCAAGGCCACGCCGCGCCUGUACUUCCCGUUUUUAGCCUGCGAGGCCAAACGGCUCGGCGGCGACCUGAAGGUGGCAGAUCGGCAGAACAUGCACAGCAUGACGCUGGGCGUGAGGGCGGUCGUGACGCUGUUCCAACGCGCCGAGCUCGCCAAGGAGCUCGACCGAGAGGUCCUCGCCUUCUCGAUCUCGCAUGACUCUCAAAUAGCGAAAAAUCUACGGACACUACGCAGUGAUCGAUGGAGACAACAAUGGGCACGUUUGCUACUAUCGUUAUCCCAUCAAGGACGUCUACUUUCACUCCCCUGA